UAUAAAUAUGUCAAAAUUGGGUUAGGUGAUAACCAUAAGGUACAUUUUCUUUUGUAGUGGAAGAAAAAAAAGAGAAAAAAAAUUAUGGAGACAAAGUCAUUGGCAAUGGUGGUGGUGAUAACUGUUUCAGUCAUGUGGGGCGUUGAAAUGGCCACUGCAGAACUCAGUGCGGCUCAGUGCAAGCAAGAAAGGAACCUCGCCAUUACCGCUUGCAAGCCGGUGGUUUACGGUAAGCUUCCGUCCCCGGAAUGCUGCCAGCGAGUAAGGGUUACCCAUCUGGAAUGCGUUUGCCCCAUCAUCACGCCCAAGAUCGCCGCCCUUAUUGACGUCAACCGUGCCAUCCGCCUCAUUCAAGGCUGCGGUCGAAGUGUUCCUCGCCACUACAAAUGUGGAAGUAUCACAACUCCAUGAAAUUGGCAUACCUUCUGCUAUACUACUGUUUACUUAUGCUUGGAGGUGGAAUCAGCUUCUGAAAUUAAAAUAAUUAAACAAAUAAUAUUGUGUUUUGAGCUAUGUAUAAUCACUUGCUUGCAUAUUGGAGAGAAAUAUGUAAGCAAUAUGAUAUAAUAUGCAUUACUCUGAAUAUUAUAUAUAUAUGAAUGAGUUCAUAUAA